AUGUUGAGGCAAAUCAUCAACUGGCUUUCCACCCCUGGAAUGAAGGGCGCGAUCGAAGACAGGGCCCCGACACAACAUGUUCGGCUCAAGUCUGGCGUCACCGAUGGGAAGAAUAUUGCUGUGGUUAUUGACUCUAAAGAGUCGGAUUCCGAAUCUCUUGUGAACAUCACCGGGUAUGUGACCCAGGCAAAGACCGGCAGACUUGACCGAUGGCUCGACGUCCUUGUCACUGCCUCCGGUUCAGAGCCCGUUUUCCUCAUCAUCGUAGCCGGUCUUUUGGUUUGGGCCUUUACUGGUAUUCGCUACGGCGAGGAAGACAAUUGGGCCGCCCUGAUUUCCGACAUUCAAGCCAUCAUCAGCUACCUGUUUGACUCCCUGCUCAUGCGUCAACAGCUGAAUGGAUACGAGCGCCAGGUACGAGCCGCAGCCAGUCUGACGUCUCGCGUCCAGAGCCAAAAGAAAAUGAUGCGGCAAAUCUUGGCCAGUGGUCGAUAUAAACGCGCCCGUCUCGGGGAUUUUCAAACCGCAGAGUCGUCAAAGUUUGGACCAGAGCUUCCCACGGAGAACUGGGCUGGACGGGCUUCCAACUAUUUCGCCGCGUUUCUUGGCCACUUUGCUACCAUUUGCAUGUACUGGGUCUGCAUCGCCAUCUGGCUUGCCUUUGGGCAUUACUGUGGCUGGAGUGACCGAUGGCAGCUGUACAUCAACUCGGCCACCUCGGCACUCAUGGUUUUGAUCUUUGCUUUCCUGGCAAAUAUCCGCGAACGGCACACGGUGUACAUCGAACGGUGCCUCAAUUCUAUAUUUGAGGUCGAUUCCGAGGUGGAACUGAAGCUUCGCGUCCUCACCGGUGAUGCCGAGGAGAACCCUGUCGUGGUCAUUCCCGCGCCUCGGGUCAAUGGGAUCCAGCGUGCCAUCUUCUACUACGCGGAUGUCAUCGGAACACUGGUUGGAAUUGCGCUACUCAUCAUUGUCAUGAUCGUGUGGAUCUGCAUUGGCCCUGCGAUGAAAUGGAGCGACAACUGGUGGCUUCUCAUCGGCACCUACGCGGGCCUGGUCGGGCUGGUGGAUGGAUUUGUCCUCCGGAACGUCCAACAGCGGCUGCACCAGUAUGAAGAAGUUGCACUCGAGAGCGCCAAGCUCGAAGAUGUAGCCAUUUCCGAUGAGAUGGGCGUACCUCCGCCGGAAAAGGCCGUCGUUGACCUCAACUCCAUCAACUAUCGGCUCUCCAACUCCAUGGGCAUCAUCUGUGCGCACGAGUUCACCGUCAUUCUGGGCGUCGUAGUCGUCAUUGGACUCAUUAUCGGUGCGAGCGCGAUGAAAUGGACUACUACGGGGCAGCUGCUUUGCAACAUCCCGCCUAGCCUCAUUGAAACAUUCUUCAUGAUGAUUCUCAUCACGGGACACAACCUUUCCGAGGCUGCGUGGCGAGCUGACCUUCACAACAUGUACUUGUGGCGACUGAGGAUGUUGUCGUUUGUUGAUCAUUUGGAGAGCAGCGAAGACGCGGCCUCCGACAAGACCCCGGAUACUGUUGCUUUGGAGUAG